GUAACAUGUAUCUAUUAGCAGGAAUGUGGAACUUGCAAAACUCUAACCAUAACCCUGAAAUUCGUCUCACCACCUUCCUUCCACUCCCCCAUGUUCCCAAGUUAGCUCACUGCUCACCCUAUAAUCAACGAAAAGGUCCAAACUUUUUUCUUUUUUCUGGGUACCAAAGCUAUGAACUUUGAUUGGUGUUCUUUCGGAUUUUCCCGCCCAAAUAGGGGCAGUAUGGUAAGUGGACCAGUGGAGAAGGUGAGUCUCUUUGGAUAAUCACGAACAAACGACCAUUACCCCCCACUAACUGUAAAACACAGAGCAAAACCGCCAUGUCUGUCUCUCUCUCUCUCUCUCUCCCGAUUGGUAACCGUUUCUCUCUCUAUCAAACAAACUGCAACUGAUAAUCUCCGAGUUUCCUUCUUCUCCCCCACCACUACAUAAGCAAAGCUUCCCCCUUUCUUCCAAUUUUUUUCGCCCUUCUCCACUUCAUGAUUACACCUCUGUUUUUUUCCUGCCUUCCCCUGUCUUUCCCAGAUCGAUUCGAGAUAAUGACCAACCAGAACAACGCGAAUUCUAACCCCAUCUUCCCUUCUUCUUCGUCGUCUCCUCCUCCCCCUCUUCCUCAGCCGCAGAUUUCGUCUCUCCCGAACCCGAACCACCAUCGGAAGAAGCGAACCAAGUUGAACAAGAUUCUGCUCGAACCCAAUCCAAUUCCCCCGCCAAUUUUCGCGAAUCCGUUUGGUUCCCCUCUUACUCCUUCCCCUGCAUCUGCUUCUUCUUCCUCUUUGUUGCAUACCCACAAUGCCGCGGAGUCGGUGGCAAGUGGGAGUGUCAGGAAGAACAAGGCGGGCAGCAGCGGUGGAGGGAAAAAGGCGGACCCGUCAGCGCCGAAGGACAAGCCGUGUACAGAGUGCGGGAAGAAGUUCUCGUCUUGGAAGGCUCUUUUCGGUCACAUGAGGUGUCACCCUGAGAGGGAAUGGCGCGGGAUUAACCCUCCCCCUAAUCACCGCCGCCGCCCUACGCCGCAGACUCCCCUGAUGAUUUUCUCUCCCUCGCCGCCGCCGCCGCUGCCGCAGACCCACAUUGGAGGGCCGCGUGGGGACCCACAGGAGAUGAUAACGAUGACCGCAGCGGAUCACGAGGUGGCUGAUUGCUUACUCUUCCUGGCCAAUUUCACCGCCGCCGUCGCCGUCACCGCUUGCAGUCACCAAUCCCCUGUUUCAGGAGAGCAAAAUUGGGGAAACAGAGUAGCAGCCGCUGUGGAAGGAGACGAAUUUGGCGGCGCAAUUGUGCCUUUCCACCGUCAAAAACAAGAAGAAGGAGAGGAUUCGGGUCGGUUCGAGUGUUCAAGUUGCAAGAAGGUGUUUGGGUCACACCAGGCGCUUGGAGGGCACCGCGCCAGCCACAAGAACGUCAAGGGCUGCUUCCAGAACGACACAAUUGUCCCCGCAGCAGACGAUUUUAGGCAGAACAGUUCAUUAGCCGAAAUUUGUGGUGAUGCACAUUCGGCGGCGGUUGUGAUGGCGGGAGUCGACGGCGGAGGUUCCGUCCCCGGCUAUCACAAAUGCAGCAUUUGCCUAAGGGUUUUCCCGAGCGGGCAGGCGCUCGGCGGGCACAAGAGAUGUCAUUGGGACAAUCAGAGAGGUAUUCAACAGCAGCAGCAGCAGCAAAGGUCGCAAUCUUCGUCGUCGAUGUUGAUGGUGGACCUGAAUUUGCCGGCGCCGGUGCCAGCACCGGCUGUGAUUCCCCCGCCGAAGGAUGAAGAGCAUGAAUGCUCUUCGCCCCCAACUCUGGACUUAAGGUUGGGCCUUUGAUUUUGGGCCUUCAUUUUAGGGCCUAUUUUUUCAUGUGUGGAUUGUGAUCACUAAUCAUGUUUAGUUUAGACAAUUAGAAGAUUGUGUUAGUGUUGCGUGUAUAUUUUUUUGUUCAUAUAAUAGUGUGAUUAGUGAGACUGUAAAGCCAAUUGCGCCCUUAUUUGAGAGGCGGAUUAGGUUAGUGUGAUUGUAGAAGAAGAUUAUAUAGGUGUAGUUUAGUAGAAAGGAAAAGAGUGUUUUCAUAUAUAGUCAAGUUUGUGAUAUAGACAUUCUUGUGUUAAUAAAUAGUGAAGUGAUUUUUUUUUUUACCCUCAAAUGGUUGUUUGUUUGUGAUGAAUGUUGGUGAUAAUUAUAAGAGUGUGAUUAUGUAAAUGUUGUAAGCUUACUUGCCCGCCAGGAAGCAACCGCUAUGAUCAGAUUUCUAUCCUAGUUUCUCUAUAUUGAUGUUUCGUCCUGUCGUUUAUCAAAUGUUAUAUGCUUAGUUCCAUUAUCUAAAAUAAAAUGUUAUAUGCUUAGUUAGUCGAGUUUAAAACAAAGGAUUAUAUGUAUAAUUCAAUUGAAAGGUUAACUAAUUGGCAGGUUCCAAGCAUCAAGUUUUCAUGACUUAUAAUUUAGUUGUACUAAUUGAUGAUCCACCUCUUCUUUCACUCUAUCAUUUAUCAUGAUGUUAUGAGCUUUAGUUGGUUUGGCUUUGUGAAACUCUAAUUGGAAUAUUAAGUAUUAGCUACCAUCAAAUCCUAGUUGCAGUGAUUGAUGUUUGGUAAUGGUGGGUGUGAGGGCCUGGGCAUUACAAUUAGUCGAAGGGCGUAAGCACUUACGAACUCUUGAUUAACAUAUAAUUACAAUUAAGCUGCAAAUGGGGGGAAAAGAAAGAGGUUAGCUUAGCUCGAUAUUCUUGAAUGUUUCCUUGGAAGGAGCAGUGACCCAAUUUCAGCCAAUGAUCAUCACAGCCGUUUCUCUAUUGCCAAAAGCCAACAAAGUGACGGCUGGGUUAGAAUACUAUGAGAAUCACAUGACAUGAAAAACGUGUAUUCUAGGAGAAGGUACACUUUUGGUCUUGUAUUUCGAGCUGAAUAAUUAAUUUUUGGUUAUAAUGUUAUUGACGAAAGUGCUAAUAAAACUUGUUUGUGCAAAUAUAUGGAUGCACAUUAUUAUCGACUCCAAUGGAUCGUUUUGUUGUUGAAAAUCAAAGUGGGACAAAAACUUCGAAACUAAUCGAAUGGUUUCGUACAAAUUUAGAUCAAACCGUUGUCAACCAACCAAUAACUCCAACUUAUUGGGGAGAGGAAUUUGCACCGGCCUGCCAUACGUUGUGAUUAAAUGAUAAACUACUAAUGUUUGGAAUCACUAGCAUUCGAAACACAAAAUAUCUUAGUUAUCGUAGGCUCUGAUACCAUGUCAUGAUAUACAAUAUCAACGACUCGAAUUAUGGAGAUGUUGAAGAAUGAAUCUUAAUUCUAACAUGUUCGUCUCCCCUUCGUUCCAUAGAGCUCGAUAUCAAAUCCAUCCAGUCCCGGUUGAACUAUUGUCAAACCCUUAACUAGCAAUCAACCCCCUACUAAUCUCACUAAACAAUAGGUGACCACUAUUAAUUAAAUGAAUCAAUUCCUUUAGAUGUUACAAACUUGGUUUGAACGGCCAUGACCCCUAUGUUGAUAGUGAAGUUCUUCACUGAGGUUCAAUGCAUGCAUCUAUCUCUUUACAAGACUAUUCAAUCCAAGUCAAUAAUGACACACAAAUGGGAAUGUAACUCAAUGACGAAAAUGCGGCAAUAUGCCUCCGCAAAUCUGCCAAAAGACUGAUUAACAAAGUGUGAUUUAAAUA